ACUUGUUUACAAAAUGACGUUGUACGCUUCGGGAAAUGUGAUUUGUUUUUGUAUUGGAUUAUUCAAACAACUAUAAACUUUUAAACCGUAUACAAUAUUAUGCUCUAUUAGUAAAUUUUAGUUUUAUUAUUUUAUUUUUGUAAUUUGAUUCAUUAGAAAUACUGCUCUAUCAUGAAUCAAGAGAGCCCUUUAACUUUUUUGCAAGAGAAAGAAGAAAAUAAUAAAUUAGAUUACUCCAAGACCAGUCUGGUAUUAUCUCCUAAAAGAACGUUGCCUUAUUAUACUCGUAAUGGUUUGAAACACACUUUACGGGUUUUAGAAAUGCAAGAUUUUAAUGCUCUGGCUAAAACGAAAUUACAUAUAUUGUGUGCUAACAUAAGUAAUAUUUUACAAUUGGAUUAUAAUACAGAGUCAUUAGUUUUAUUUAAAGCUGGUAAUCAUCAUAUAACUUUUGAAGAGCUAGUUAACUUUAUUGAAGAUGAACUUCUUGUCAAUGCUCCUGAUCUGAAUGUAAACUUUGAUGAUUUUGACCCUUUUUGUUGGACUGUAACUAACCAAGAUAAAAAGAAAUAUGUUUCAAAGAUCCUUGAGGAUGAAGAAGUGUUUCAUAUAUGGAGAGCCUUUAAUAAAAUUGAUAUUAAUGAGUCAGGAUUCAUUGACAUUGAAGAAACUGUUUUUUUAUUACAAGUGUUUAUGCAAGGUAUUGGAACGCCAUGGACCAAAGCUCCCUUGGAUAAUUAUACAAAUAAAACAGAGUUAAACUUUUGGGAACUUGUAGAGUGUUUGGAAUCAAAUUAUAUUAUUCAAAACAAUUUUUCAAGUAUAUACAAAGAUGGUCUGGAGUCCAUUCUUAAAUAUUAUAUUUUGGAAAUAAUAAAAAGUGGAUUCUUAGUGAAGAAGGGUCAUCGGAUUAAAUCAAUGAAAGAACGAUGGUUUGUUCUCACGCCUGACAAUUUGUUUUAUUAUGAUGGUAAAACUAAAGGAGCAAAAAAAAAAGGUUCAAUCUGCAUUAAUAAGGCAGUAAUAAUUGAACCUUUAUUUGAUAUGAAAAGUAACAGAUUUCGAUUUCUGUUAAAUUGUGGCAUCAAAGGUGUUAAUUAUGAAAUAGAAGCUCUUGAUCUUAAAUCAAUGAAUGAAUGGAUAUCAGCCAUCCAACUAUGUAUUGACCACUCCAAAGAUAAAACACCUUUAAUGAGAAACCUUCUUGAAAGAGCUCAAGAGAGAAAAGAGAGAAGGAGGAAAAAAGCUGAAGAGGAUCAGUUACGAAUUAAAAAUGAGGCUCUUAUUCAGCGUCAGAUCCAGGAGCUUCAAAUUUUGAAAGAGGCAGCUCUUGCCCAAUCUGCAGUUGAAGCAGCUCUUUUGGAAGAAGAAAAGAAGCGUGUGGAAGAACUUGAGUUAAUGAAACUUGAAUAUGAAAAGCUUCUUGAAGAGGAAAGACUUGCCAGAUUAAGUGAAUCUGAGGAACGCCAGCGUUUAAAAGUACUGGAUGCAGCACGCCAAGCAGCUGAAGAUGAACUUAAAUCAGCACAUUUAAAACUUAAAGAAGCUGAGGAGGAGAGGCAGUUAGCUUCAUUAAAAGUUGAGCUAGCAAAGGAAAAAACUAGAAAAAUAAACUUACCGGUUGGAUUAGCAAAACCACUUGUUGUUGAACAACGUGGCAUCGUUUCUCAUCGAGGGCUUGGCGCAUUUGUUGAGCAUGAUUUCUCAAAAAAACCGUUAUAUCUUUCAAGUGAACAAAGUCCUGCAGCUGUCAAUAAAAUAAAUAUCGACGAAGGGCAACGCACAGAGAUUGUGGAAUCCAAUCUAUUAAAACCUUCAGAAUCCAAAGAAAUAUUUAAAUAAAUAUCAUCAUUAAUUUAUUGUCAAAACCAAAUUAUUAAUAUUUAA